CCAAUCCUCUGCCAACGACGACCUCAUUCACCUCAGUGAAGCAAGUAUUACACACUUCAUCUUCUUAUCGCAAGUGGGGAGCAACGCGAUUGCUUUCACCUGCGCCCAAGAACUCCUGCGCAUCAUCAGUUGCAGACUGAAUCGGUAUCCAUUAUCCUCAACUCAGCCAGCGAGCCGACUCGUUGCUUUAUCGACCGAACAAGAUGCUCCAAGGGGCACACGUUUUCUCUCACCAGCAGCAAUUCAAUCCUCACGGCGAGCCAGCAUGGAUGCAUCAGCAAAGUCACCAUCAACAUGCCCAGCAAGCUGCCGCCGCCGCUGCGUCUGCCGCUCAGCAGCAGCAUUAUAACCGCAUUGCUGCCAACCACAAUUCUAACGCUCCCUCGAUUGUGUCAAAUCAUGGUCAGGAUGCUCUUAUGGAGAACGUAUCCGAGGACAAUAGGAAGACACUUGUCUGGAUCUCGGAGUUGCUUAGAGAAGAGACAAGGGAGUCGGCUCUUUUGGAGCUCAGCAAGAAACGCGAACAAGUCCCUGAGCUGGCUUUGAUCCUGUGGCACUCAUUCGGUGUCAUGACAUCUCUUCUCCAAGAGAUCAUCUCUGUCUACACUCUCCUCAACCCGUCUCAACUCACGGCAGCAGCUUCUAACCGUGUCUGCAAUGCGCUGGCACUUCUGCAGUGCGUUGCAUCUCAUAACGAGACUCGGGCACUCUUUCUGCACGCGCACAUCCCUCUCUUCCUCUAUCCGUUCCUCAAUACUACAUCCAAGUCCAGACCUUUCGAAUAUCUGCGACUGACAUCCCUUGGGGUUAUUGGUGCUUUGGUCAAGAAUGAUUCAUCCGAUGUUAUCAAUUUCCUAUUGACUACGGAGAUUAUUCCCUUAUGCCUUCGUAUAAUGGAGACAGGAUCCGAGCUCAGCAAGACAGUUGCCAUUUUCAUCGUUCAGAAGAUUCUCCUCGAUGACCAUGGGUUGAAUUAUAUAUGCGCCACCUAUGAGCGAUUCUAUGCUGUUGGGACAGUUCUCAGUAACAUGGUCACCCAACUUGUGGAACAACAAACUGCGAGAUUACUCAAGCACGUCGUACGCUGCUUCCUUCGUCUCAGCGACAAUGCCCGGGCUCGCGAAGCUCUACGCCAAUGUCUUCCUGAGCCACUGCGGGAUGCGACCUUCUCCUCGGUACUUCGAGACGAUGCAGCCACCAAGCGAUGCCUUGCCCAACUCCUGAUCAAUCUAUCGGACAAUGUGGUUGAUUCUCAAUCUCAGCAUCAACAGAAUCUCUAAACGGAGAGUAUUCUUCCACUGUACCAUUACAUACCGAUUACAUGCUCUCACGAAUCAAACACGCGGGGGAUUUUUUAUCUUCGGUUUCCAUAGACGCAAAGAUACCCGGUCUCUAUUUCGGAAAAAUAUUGCCAGACUAGAACACUGGCUACACAACGGUUUCCUUAAAAGCAUUGCGGAGGAUUGUGAUUUGGCUUGGGGGUGUUCAGAGCGUUUGAUCUUGCUUUCCAUGGCUGGGUUUUGCUCAUGUGGCUCUUGGUCUGGAGUGGACUUUUGGUCUUAUUCUUUGUGACUACCUUAUUUAUUUGUCCAUUUACCUGGUGUCUUGGUAUUGGUCUGUUGCAUUAUGGAUGGCGUUACAUCGGUGCUGAUACUGGAGCUUGUACAAUAGCAUUAGGAGGCUGUUGAGGAAUAGGAUGAGAGAGCUUAUAUUUCAUUUCGUGACAUU